GGCAUCCUUGGCUUGGCGAGAGGCCUGAAAUCGGGUUUCGGUGCCGUUGCAGCGCCCACUUGGCCCGUCUUUCAUUGGAUUUCAUCUGCCAAGGAGCUGGAGUGACGCCCGCUAAGCCCCCGGGCCAUCGUCAUCAUCCGUCUCCCGAGAGCCAUCAUCAACUACAACCAACCUUUGUCGACACAGCCGCCAAGCUUACUCUUCCCAUUCUCAACUCUCACAACGCCGGCGACGCUCCGUAUUGCUUCUAGCAGCACUCUUAGCCCCGAUCAGACCUUAUCGAACGAGACAACAAUUCAGCAGUGACUAAGAAUGAGUUUCAGGGGUUUCCAGAAGGGCCUUAUUCGAGCCCCUCAGCAAUUCAAGGCAAAGUUCAAUGUCGGCGAGAACACCAAAGACCCCGUCUACAUCGAUGCCGAACGACGAUUCCAGGAACUUGAGGCCGAGACCAAGAACCUCCACGAUGAAAGCAAAAAGUACUUCGAGGCCAUCAACGGCAUGCUCAACCACCAGAUCGAGUUUUCAAAAGCAAUGACCGAGAUCUACAAGCCCAUUAGUGGCCGCAUGUCGGAUCCUGACUCGUUGAUUGCGCAAGAGAACUUGGACGGCAUCCGGGCGUGCGAGGAGUAUGAGGCCGUUGUACGGGACUUGCAGGAGACUCUGGCCCCCGAGCUGGAGAUGAUUGACACGCGGGUUGUCAGACCGGCGCAGGAACUCAUGGAUGUGAUCAAGGCCAUUCGAAAAACAGCAACCAAGCGCGAGCACAAGAAGUUGGACUACGACCGACACCGCACCACCCUCAAGAAGCUCCAGGAAAAGAAGGAAAGGUCGGCCAAGGACGAGAAGGCCAUGUGGAAGGCUGAGAAUGACGUCGAGCAGUCGACACAGGAAUUUAACUACUUCAACGAUCUGCUCAAAGACGAGCUCCCCAAGCUCUUUGCGCUCGAGCGCGACUUCAUCCAGCCUCUGUUCCAGUCUUUCUACUACAUGCAGCUUAACAUCUUUUACACUCUCCACGAACGCAUGCAGCGUGUCGACAUAGGAUACUUCGACCUGACACUGGACGUCGAGGAGGCUUUCCUUGCGAAACGCGGCGACGUCCAAGAGCGAGCUGAGGCACUCUCUAUUGUCAAGUUCAAGACGACUGGUCAAAGGCGGCCACCCAAGUAUGGGCCUCCGCGACCAGCCAUCGCGGCAAAGCCAGCAGCAGCGGGUUUGCUCACAGCAGGACCAUCAGCUUCAGCCUCGACAUCUGCGCCCUCGCCUUCGCCCUUCCCUUAUGCGGCGACAAAUGGUGAAGCCUCCGCAACCAAAGCGCCUGCAGUAUCCUCUCUACGGCCAACAUGGCGAUCUCAGGAAAAUGACGGUGGCGAACAACCACCCCCUCCAUAUUCUUCUGCUCCCGUCUCUCCUGCCAUGAUUUCGCCAGCGCAAAAAAGCCCAAUGUCGCUGGCCGCCGCAGCCAAGUCGAAGCCCCCACCACCCAAGCCCAAGCCAAAGAAUCUUGCCGGCGCCUCGGUGGCCAAGGUGGAAACGGUAACGGCACUCUACGAUUAUUCGGCGCAGGCUGAGGGCGAUCUCAGUUUCCGGGCGGGCGACGUGAUUGAGAUUGUAUCAAGAACCAAUAAUGAGAAUGAAUGGUGGACCGGCAAGGUUCAUGGGAAGCAAGGGCAAUUUCCUGGCAACUACGUCCAGCUGAAUCCAUAG